CCAAAACUAAAAUUCAGAUAGUUGCUUUUGACAGAAAGGCUUUCUGAAACUACCAAGUGAAUUUACCAAAGUUUGAAAUAAUUUCUCAGUUAGUCAAUUGAGGUGAUUCAUCAUGUAAGAGCUCUUCAUUGUCUCACACAACACUGAUAAUAUCUAGACAAAAAGAAUUAUAUCAUUUAACUUCCCUUACUUUUUAAAACAGCUUACAACGCUAUUUAUUAAUUACAACGUGACCGAUGAUUCUAAAGUGUAGUUCAUUCUGUUCAUUUAAAAAAUUAGGGAUGUAUGCUUUUAAUCUUUUUUAUUAAAUGCAUUCUUCUUCUUCUUCUAGCCAGCUUUAUUGCUGCUGAGCUGUGAGCUCUUUUGCAGACUGUGCCAAGGAAAAAAAGUGUGCUGUUUUCUUUAGUUGUUAAGCACUGCCGUACAGGCUGUUGGUUAUGUUAUUAAAUGCAUCAUUUCUAGUAAAAGUAAUCGAAAAAUAAUGAUAUACGAAAGUUCAUACCUAGCAUUUGGAUUACAUAUUAAGGAUUUUCAUACUAGAUAUUACAUAGAAAAUCUGCUGUUUGGUUACCUUCUGACUUUUUAGAAUCCGGUGUACAUUCUCUUAGAAAUAAAAUAAAUGACAAAAAGAAGACCAAAAAAAUGUCUAGUGACGAUAUACAAGAAAUGUAAAACAAACUAAAUUAUAAAAAAAAACAAAACAAAGAAACUUGGGAGUGAUUCUGAGAUAAAUAGACAAAAGGAAGAUUUAUUUGAAAGAUCGCUGUUGCCACGUAAUGAUAUAUAAUCAAUUUGAUUAUACACUACUAUAAAAUGUACACGCUAUUAUUUUAUACUAAAACAAAUAGCUUAACCUCCAGUUUAAUGAGCUCUCCUGUGGAUUGUUUUGAUGAAGCUUAAUACUUUAUUAUUUGUUAUUUAAUAUAAAGUGAACAUUAGCAAACUGAUUUUAAAAAUCUGAAACACCUUUAGACUGCUUUUUAGAAUGUUUCUACGACUUACUGUGAUUUUUCUACAUUUAGUCCUCAUGCAAAUGUUGAUUAUGGAUUUCACGAAUUCUUUAACAAAUUCAAUUACUUGUGAGAUAAAUGUUGAAACAAAAACUGUGAAAUUAAUUGUAAACUACACGGGAUUUGCCUAUGUUAUUAAAAAAGAUAAGCAAGUAAUUGUGAGUUACGAAGGAAACAAUUGUAGCUUUCCUGCGGAUUAUAAAAACAUCACUCGGAGUGAUUGUGAUUUGGCAAGAAACAAAUAUGAAAUAAGUAUUACAAUUUUACAAAGAAAUACAUAUUUUACACCAUUUGGAAAAUGGGAACUGGAAGUCGCAGAUAAAAACAGAGUCUUCUUGAAAGAAAGUCAUUGCUAUUUAUAUAUGUACGCUAAAGAUAAAUAUAUCAAUUGUACUGUACAAGAAGGGCACUGUUCAAGUAUUUCAGUAGCUUGCAAUAUUGAGAAAAUAUACCCGGAAGCAGUUUGUAGGUUUUGGAUUUCAAAAGAAGAGAUGCCACAGACAAAUGUUACGUAUAAUCAUACACUUCUAGAUGGAGAAGUUCCUUAUUACAGCACCGAUUGUUUCAUUAACAUUAAAAGGACCGACAUUCCAAAUGACCACACGAAGUGCUCACUUAAAGUAGCUGUAUCUCCAAACAUCAGUGAUUCUAAGGAUAACAAUACACAAAUAAAUGCUGAAAAUACGGUUCCCGUCAACAUGUCUGAUACACUUUGCCAAUAUGGACUGACUCAGAAGGAAAUACUAUUAUCAACAAAUAAAGACGAUGACCAUAGCAUUCAUUAUACAACCAUCAUAGUGUUGUCCAUUGUCAGCAGUUUUCUGACUUUAUAUUUAUUUAUUCAUUGUUUCAAGAGAAAUUUACAAGCACAAGUAAAUUUGAAACAUAAAUUAAUUAGCUCAAAACAUACUAUACAAACAGAAGAUCUUGACAACAGUGACAUUUAUUCAUUCAACAUAUUACAACAUAGGAAACCAAAAGAUGAUUACUGCACGAUAGACAGAUUAUCAUACUGCAAGAAUUUAACAGCAUCGAAACAAUCAACCAGAACUGCAUUAGACUUUGAUCCGUACUCAACUAUUGAGGAAUGUUUACUUGACAAGGAAAUUGAUACUCUACUUGCAUAUGAAUAUGGAAAUCACGAGAAUACUAUUACAUCUAUUAUUAGAACACCAGUUAAAGACAGAUCAAAAGAUGACUUGCCUACAAAACUUGUUUCAAAACGUCACAGAGAUGGAAAUAUAUACGAAAGCAUUGCCUGAUUCUAGCAUUAAUUUGUUUCUAUUUAGUUAUUAUUUGUAGUGUUCCUAUACUGUUUAUACCGUUCUCCGGGAGAACAUGGAUAUUUAUAAGAUAGUCUUGCUAGCGUAUGCACAUUAUGUAGCGAAAGAGUUUGAGGAGUCUCAAGAUCAAUGAGUCAUACAAAAGAUUAUUUAGAACCACUGUAUUGUAAACAUUGUUGUCUGUCGGUAAGCAAAGAGACCCAUUCAGCCAUAUUUUUCUAUCACUGGACAUCGAAAGCGAUGUUGUCAUGGCGAGACGGUUGUCUCUUUCUCUAGAGAGUGACGCAUCGCUAGACACUGCAAUUCCAGGUACGCGAAGAAGUCAACCACAAAGAGGAAGUCAUUUUUGUUAUAUUUGUGGAAUUGACUUGGUUUCGUAUUAGGAUUUCUGGAACGUGACCUGCUUUUUAAAGGUUGAUAUGGGGGCCUACGGACCAAACAGAUCAAUACCUCAUUAAAUUAUUGGGUCAGGUUGAAGCUCUAGAUGUAUGUAAGAAAGGUGCAAUAAUCCGUACAAAUAAGCUCAGUAGCUAUGAUUUUAUCAUUUUAUUUAGCAUUUCCAAACAGAACAUUGUAACCUGUUGAAGCCAGCACAUAACCUUGGUUCUCACUAUUCUGUUUACAGAAGUAAGCUGAUAGGCAGAUGUAUGUGACAUUUUUUUCAGUACAUUUUUUCCAAUGCUUCAAUUCUACCUGAUUCAGUAUUAGUAUGGGUUGUAGGUUUAAUUUGACUGGACGCUUUUAAUAUUUUAGAUAUUCGUCAUUUAAUUUAUUGUAGGUUUCCCUCACGAUUUAUUUAAAAUAAACUUAAACAUUAUUUUUUUUAUUUGUUUAGUCUUUAGUCAUAAUCAAAUUAUUUAUUGCAACACACUGUUCUACAACAAUGUGUAAAUGUUUACUAUGGCAUCUUUUUCCAUUAGAUAAUAAAUGUUGUAUACAAAUUUUACACAGUUCUAUAAUGGGUGUGUAUUUUUGUGAUUAAAUUAGAUAUAUGAACGUUUUAGCCUGUCGUAAUGACAGUAACAAUGAUUUACUGCUGCAGGGGUGAACGAAUGUAAAGCAAAUACAAUCGGAAUACAUAUAGGAAACACUACUGGACCAAUAAAAAAUAAAGGAAGUUUGGGUCACGAAGCCUUCAUCAGCUAUAAAAGAAACAAAAAAGACAAACCAUGAACAGGAAAUAGGACAGAUAAGUUAACUAUAGGCCCCUAAGGCACUUUUACUGGCCUCCUUCAGUCGUAGAACGGAGAUGAAAGUCUGGUUAUUGUCUAUGGUCGGAACGAUGUCGCUCACACAGCAGUUCCCCCCUCUCCGCGCAAGUGAUGUGACCAAAGGAACGGAAUACCCGAUAAAGUUUGGGAUCA